CUGUCGGUUAAUAGUUCCUCGCGGCUGGAUUGACGGCCCAGAUCUCCUCAAGAGCGCGUUCCCGGCACGGCACCGACGGCGACGGGCACGGCCUCGAAUUAAAAACUGCCGUUGGGCGACUCCGCGUGGCCCACGGAUCCACCGGAGAGAUCUGGUCUGCCAUUCCCUCGCUCCUUCCCGUGAACCACAAACCUAACGCGGAGCGGCGCGGGCCGGCCGCCGGGCGAGGUGCGCGUAGCUGCCGUCGAUUGUCGCCGGAUCCAUCCACCAUGGGCGGUGGCAACGGCCAGAAGUCCAAGAUGGCCCGCGAGCGCAACUUGGAGAAGAACAAGGGGGCCAAGGGGAGCCAGCUCGAGACCAACAAGAAGGCCAUGAGCAUCCAGUGCAAAGUGUGCAUGCAAACAUUCAUGUGUACCACGACUGAAGUGAAGUGCCGGGAGCACGCCGAGGCCAAGCAUCCCAAGACAGACGUGUACCAGUGCUUCCCCCAUCUGAAGAAGUGAAAGGCCUGAACUUAGCAACCAGUGCUGGUUUGGUCACUACGAUCGGGCCAGGGGGCGUUCCUUGUGUUGAGGGUGUUCAUUCCGUGUUAUCUUCCCGUCAGUCAUGCGUCCUGUCCUAUGUUAACCUACAUAAGAAAGCGAUGUGGUGUCCACUUCUAGUGAAACUACUGUCUGCUGUUAAAACCUGGUUGGUUUCAGAACGAUGAUUUUCGUGUGCAAAACAGAUUACUGGUCCGUGGGAGUUGGGCCAGUUUG